CAUUAAUCUAUCACUCACCAUGAAGCACAUCUUUAUGUUGGCUGUUGUCGGUACCGUGUUUGUGCAUUUGGUUUCCGCUCAAAACCCUCAGGAGCAAGAAGAGGCAGGGAUGGCGGACAGAGCUUUGUUUUGUGACGACCAGACAGCUGACAUAAGGAAGUCUUUAGUCAGAUGUAUGAAGAGUUCUGAAUAUUCUAAAGUGUACUCAGAUUUUGUUCUUGAAUGUCAUCCUGGCUUAGAGAAGUACACAGUAGAAAAUCUAGUAAAAUAUACAUGUGAAGCAAGUGACGAUUUUUUUAUGCAGAAAGCAGAAUGUGACAAACAAGCUUUACAGAAUUCCAAAAAUGCUGAAGAAAUAGGAAAAGUGGUGCAAGGAUAUAUGAUGUGUUUCGUCUUUGCGCUUUCAAUGAAGGGAUAAUAGAGCGUUGCCGAAGGAGGAAAAGGAAAAUCAAGAUUUUAUUAAAACUAAUUUUUUUUAUUUUUGGCAGGAAAUAAAUUCAACUCUUAUGAAUACUGUGUAUGCUUUGAUCAAAAAAUACAGACGCAAACAUUUUCAGCAGAACGUACGUUUUUACAUGAAUAAAGAUUUUCAU